GCCAAACUGAUCUGAAGAGCCCGCAGGAUAUUCAGGUUGAUGUUGUAAAUACAAAUUUUACUCUAAGGUGGAACUACACUGGGGAUGAUACCAAUGUGACAUUUUCAGCAGAAUACCGGUGGUUUGAAGAUUUUGAGGCAAAUGAAACGGAAUGGAAGGAGUUGCCUGGGUGUCAAAAUGUUACUCACACGGAAUGUGACUUUUCCUCAGCAAUAACUGAAUACUAUGAUACACAUCAAGUGCGUAUAAGGGCUGAAAGAAGGGAAGAAAUGUCUCCAUGGUCUAGCACUUUUGAAAUGAUUCCAUAUUUUACAGCUCGGAUUGGUCCCCCAGGAAUACAGUUGCAGUCCAUAAAUGGAGUCAUAAAAAUUAAGGUUUCUCCUCCAGAAGCCAAUCAAGUCCGAAAAAUGUGGAUAGCUGCUCUACGCUUUAAAUAUAAUCUAGUUAUCUGGGAAAAUUCGUCAAAUGCAGAGUUCAGAAGUCAAAGUAUUUUUCCUACUGACAUAAUUGAUGAUCUUGCACCAGAUACAACCUAUUGUUUGAAAGUUCAAGCAACUCUUCCUUUGGACUUGCAAGAAGGUUUAUUCAGUCCCAUUCAUUGUGUAAAAACUACCCGUAAAGUGACUGACUUACUCUGCGCAACAAAUGUGCGUGUUUUUGCAUUGAAUAUGAAGUUUCAUCUGCAUUGGAAUAAUCAGUAUAAACAACAUGUGAACUACAAUGUACAGUAUCUCAUUGGGUAUCUAAAGAAACUUCAUGAUGAUUACUCAGUGAAGUGGCUCAAUGUACUCGGAUGUGAAAACAUCACUGAUACACAAUGCAAUUUCUCAUCUAUCAUCACUACUACUACUGGAUUUUAUUAUCUCCGUGUGCAGGCCAUGAACGAAUAUAAUAAAUCAUGUUUGUCUAAUGAAGUAAAAGUAGAUCCUCUGGUAACAAAUGAAAUUGGCCCUCCUGGUGUAAAGGUGGACAUCAGUGAUGUUUUGCUCCAUAUCCAGAUUUCCCCUCCAGGAAGGUCUGAGAAUGAAGACAUGACAGACCAUUAUGACUUGUCUUACCGGGUUCUGUACUGGAAGAAUUCAUCGAAUAAUGAGGAGGAAAUCAAAAUGAAAGAGAUAAAACAGACAAUAGGGACAGUCUCUGAUCUAACACCCUCAACUUUGUACUGUGUAAAAGUACAAGCAUUCUCGGAAGCUUACAACAAAACCAGUGAUUACAGCAAAGAGGAAUGCAUCAAAACACCAGGAGAUAAAAUUUUACCUCUGAUCAUUUUAGCAACAUUUGUAACUGCCCUGAUUGCUGUCUUACUUGUGGCUACACCGCUUGUUUUUGUCCUGUAUCAAGCCUACAAUAAAAUCAAAUACGUGUUCUUUCCAUCAUGCCAGCCUCCUUUGAACAUAGAGGGUUUUGGAGGACAGCUCUUUAGCAGUCCUUAUCUGCCAACUACGGAGGAACCAACAGAAAUUUGUUCUAUAAUUGAGAGUAUCAUUACAGAAGAAGUUAAGCAAAUUGAUUUUAAAGACUACAAAGAUUCUAAACAGAGCAGUCGAGAUUCAGGAAAUUACUCUAACGAUGAUGAUACUUCAGGGAGCAAAGUGUCAGAAGAAACACUAGAAAAGGAAAUAGUACAACUUUAA